GACUUCCGAAGCGGCACAAUCUCCCAAAAGGCACAACAUGCUCCCGCAAGUCCUGCUGGUCUUGCACGGCACGUCCACGGCCCGAACUAGCGUGGGACGGCGCGUUGAACUAUACCACGUGACGAUGAAGUGCAAUCGGGUCACAAAAGAGGCCAAGAUUCGCUACAACACGUUGCGAAAGUACUUGGACUUGCUUGGAGCAUUGGAAAACCACCCCGACGAGUUGGUCGUGCCUGCCAAACAUCCCUUUCGUUCGUCCAGCAACCAAGCCGUCGUCGAUUCUCGAAUCCGAGAGUUCCGAGCAUGUUUUCGCGCCCUAUCUGCGACAGUUCUCACAGCAUCGCAAAUUGAACUCGUGGUGGCCAUGAUGCACGAGGCCAACGCGUUCAUGUGUCGGUACAAGAUGCCAUCGCAAUCCUCCCAAUUAUCAAGCAACGACAGCGGCCGGAUUGACCACGUGGCGGAACACUCGGACCAAGGUGGAACCCACACACCAAACAACAACGACAACGAGCCUGACGAAACAAGCGCUGCGACUUCAAAUGUCGCCCUCUCUCGGCCGUCGCAGUUACGACCGUAUGAAAACGCAUUUGCCGCCUUGUUCAAAGCCCGCAAAUCAAACAAUGACCAGCCGUUGGCUCGCAACACGAAUGACGUUUCCGUGGCUCGAACGACCACGUCUCCGGAAUUGUCCGAGUAUUUGAAGCGGCUCGCCGACGACAUGCUGAUGGAACUCCAUGCUGCGACACCGUACCGAUCCGACACUAUCCGCCUUCCUCGACCGCCUCCUUCGUCUUCCCAUGCCCGUCAAUCGGAUGUUGAUUCCCGAUUAGAAUACACUGAGGAAGACGCGGCGUAUUUGGAGCGCAUCGCCAUGGGCAUGUGGGCCAACGCGUUGGACGCCAACGAGAUUGUGCUCGACCACGACCACGACCAGCAUGAUGGCAUGGACGACGACGAAAAUACGUUCCAACUCGAUCGAGAUUGGGAACGUGCUUUGGAAGCGGAGGAAGCCGCAACCAACCGCGGGAAGACCGAGUCCGCGGAAGAUGAAGUGAUCCACAAUUUGGCCCAAGCAUACUUCCCCUCGUAUUACGACAACAGCGACGACGACGACGACGAUGCCUUUGAUGUGACGAAGGGCAAACUGGUCACUGAGGAGAUGGCCAAGCCCAAAGCCAGGUCUAGCAUGAGUCAUGUCCUCCAAGGGUACAUUGACGACAUGUACUACGGCGACGACGCCCAAGUGUCACAAGCCACGCCAACCAGCCCGCGACCAUCCAUUUCCCUGACAGCAUAGUACUGUAGUAGAAGAACGUUGAAGCAAUCAAUACAGUUAUACACAA